UUCCCGCGGCGUCGCACAAUCCUAGCAGUCGAGUCCGUAUGCAGUGCGAACAAUCUUGCAGCAUGGCUAAACAGAAUCAUACAACACGCACCAACAAUACUGCGGCUUCGAUUCUGACACUUGUAUUUAAGCUUACAGCGUACGUCUCAUCUUGAACACUCCUCCGUACCGCAUCCUCCUAUACUGAGUGCAUACAAUGCAAGAACAAGCAGGGCUGACUACUUUCCCCGAUGCCAAGGGUGCUCCCGAGCGCGAGCUGCUCUCGGAGCCUCAGCGGCACUUCAAUGGACUUGGCAGGCUGAGGAUCACUAUCUAUCGCGUCGGUUUUCAGGUCCAGCGAGACUUACGCAAUCAGUUUGAGCCAUGGCUCAGAUACUACAAGGCCAAAAUAGAGACGACAGACGGCAGACAGGUCGCUCAGCUUACCUACAGAGUGGUCAAUGGCAAUUAUGUCGAAGAUUUUCAGGAGGAUCUCCAGAUGUCCGAAUACGGCGGCCAGGAAUUGGAGGAAAUAUUCACUCUGCUGUACGAAAAAGACGGCCGUUUGCGCGACCAGUGGAUGGCCGGGGAAGAUGCCGGCACUAAAAUAUUUGGACCAGAGAUAAGUGCCAAAGCUACCAAAGUCGCGGUACUGGCCUGUGUCGACAAGGACCCGCGUGGUGACUUUCUCAUGGUGCACGAAGAAUUCCGCCGCAAUAAAAUUGGCCAAUGGGCACUGCACGCGCUGUUCCAGCUCCUGCGUGACGAGGGCGUAAAGGUGGUUCUAACUCGGCCUAGCGUACCUCGCCUCGAGUCGAGCUAUAAGGAUACCUACGUCGAGGGUCUGCUUGUGAGACGUAACCUCGCUUUCACCCGCAAGGCCGGAUUCCGUAGGGUGGGAGCGUCGCCGGUCUUCGCGUACAUGCCCGUCGACCCCGAACAUCCUUCGCGCCAGUUGCCUGCAGACAGAGACGCCGUGAGUUUCCUAUACACAUAAUCGCUGAGCUUUUGCCUCAUAUGUCGACAAGGAUCCUGAUUCUCCGUGAUGACCUCAUUCAAUUGCCGCUUACGCUGAGAAAUGACCCCCGCUUGUUUGUUCGCUGUCGUGCAAUCUCCGCAACUGUCAUGUGUAUCGAUGGUAUUCUUCAGCUUUCUGCCGCCCCUUGUAGUGUUAGACAGUGUAUCUCGGCGACCUCACAUUCAUCCACUGUGCUCGAUCCCCAAUUCACGACUUGU